AUGCUCUCCACCACCCCUGGUGCUUACACCCUUGUGGCACUAAGUGAGCAUCCUUAUGACAUUGGAGGUAGUCAUAAGGCGGGCAUAAGAUUGUUGAAGGAUAAUCUGCGUCUCCGAGAGAAAGGAAUUCCCGGGGACAGUACGAACAUGCGGGGCCGUUCGUAUUGCGCAUCGAUGUAA